AUGAGUGUGAUUUUGUGCUCCGAUUCAAGAGAGAUAAAGGGAUGGGACCGGUGGAUUAAAGAGCCGGCCAUCAGACCUACCAUCGCCGUCGACCAGCAGCGCAUCUCCGCCGUCAGCUCCUCUGCGCCGAUCUCUUCCCCUCGUCCCCGACGGAAAACCUACUACCCCACCUCUGCUCCAGAACCUCCCCCUCCUAUUCAAGGAACUUACCUCUUAUAUGGUGCCAAUUACACUACUGAUGAUGUAUUGCCAAGUUUGGAGGAUCAGGGUGUUCGCCAGCUGUACCCAAAAGGCCCAAAUGUUGAUUUCAAGAAGGAAUUGAGGUCACUAAAUAGGGAAUUGCAGCUGCAUAUAUUGGAGUUAGCUGAUGUUUUGAUAGAAAGGCCAUCACAAUAUGCAAGGAGAGUGGAAGAUAUUUCUCUUAUAUUCAAGAAUUUGCAUCACCUUCUUAAUUCAUUAAGGCCACAUCAGGCGAGAGCAACACUUAUUCACAUACUUGAACUUCAGAUACAAAGACGAAAGCAAGCUGUGGAGGACAUCAAAAGGAGGAGAGAAGAAGCACAAAGACUUCUCAAGGAGGCACUUGGGACAUUGGAGGGACAAUAAAAAUAAAAAAUGUUUAACUACCAAAUCAACAAGUGUAGUAUUUUUUUUUUGUGCACUAGCACCUAAGAUUUCUAUGGUUGUAAAUGUUUCACAUGAGUCUUUAUUUUUAUUAUACUAGAGUAUAUUUUAGAAAAGGAAACCGAGCAUGUUAAACCCUAAUUUUGUUUCUCAUUAUCUGUUUCAUUACAAAAGAUGUUGAGACAUGGUAAGACAGGUUGAGUUCUAGUGGUUGUAUGUUUGAUGACGAGACGAGGACAUUUAUAUUUUUUGCAAAGAUCAAGUGGUUCCA